AUGAUGUUGGCCGGGUCAAGUACGACAAGUUAUGCCACCUAUCGAUCCGUGGCCUCGGCUAUGCAGGUUCCAUUAAUUGAUUGGGAGGUAUCAAACCGGCGAUUAGCCGAUGAGCAUUCUUCUAUGGCAUUUUCAGUCCGUCCACCAAUUGACGAUUUACUUGUCGAUUAUAUGAUUUACAAAGGAUGGCAUCGUUUCGUGUAUAUUCAUGAUGGAAAAAAUGCAAUGCGCACUUUAUUUUCCGUCUUUUCCUAUGCGCAAAAAAGCAGACCGGAUUGGUUAUUAGAGGAAAUGGAAGAUGCGGAUCUAUCAGGAUUUCAUUAUUCGCUUAUCAACAUCACUGGUUUUCAGCUCUUUGAUCGCUACUCAAAGGAGUUUAUAAAAGAAAGAAAAUCUUUCGAAGAUCACUAUCGUGAAAAGAUGCCUUCAAGUGAUUGGUUGACGCAUGGGCAUCUUCUGGCCGAGGCUAUAAAGAAGGUAGUACUAGACGAGCGAAACGGAACAUUAACUGGCAGAAUUGAAUUCGACCCAGAGACUGGGCUUCGGAAAAACUUCUCCGCUACCGUAAUUGAAAUCAGGCCUGGAGUGAAUAGUUUGACAAGUAUCAAAGAGAGGUUCCAAUGGGCACAUGGUCAAGGAUUUUUGUUUGGAAAAACUAGAACUUUUUACGAACAACAACCAGAUCGGACUCCGAUUAGAAAAGGAAUAUUGGCGGAUAAACCUUGGAAGCUACGGUUUAACGUUGUUACCCUGCUGGUAAAACCAUUCGUGAUGUUGAAGAGACAAAAUCCAGGGGAGCCGGAGCUAACAGGCAACGACCGUUUCGAAGGCUAUUGUGUCGAUCUUCUUCGAUUGCUAGCCCAGAAUAUUUCCGGAUUUGAUUGGGAUGGUUCUAUAGGUUACCUACUAAACGAGACAGCUGAUAUUGCUGUAGCCCCUUUGACUAUCAAUCAGGAACGCGAGCGUGUUGUGGAUUUUUCGAAGCCGUUCAUGACCACAGGAAUAUCCAUUAUGAUCAGCAAACCCGAGAAGCAGGAAUUUAGCAUUUUCUCUUUCAUGCAACCGCUUGGAAUGACGAUUUGGAUCUUUACCGUCUGUUCGUAUAUUGGAUUCUCGAUGUACAAUUCAUUAUGGUUUACAUUAGCCGCGUUUAUGCAACAAGGGACUGAUAUAUUACCUAGAGCACUUUCCGGAAGGAUAGCUUCAGCCUGCUGGUGGUUCUACACCCUCAUCAUCGUUUCUUCG